AUGGCUGUCGCGGCGGCAUCUGCGUCGGACGCGCAGCCUCUCACGGCAGACGCGACGGCGGCAGACGGCCCGGCGGAAGGCGCGCACUCGCCUGGCGCGCGUGAGAGGAGCAACGCGGAAGGGGAAGUGAAAGAUGUUAGGGGCGAGAACGGCGCGAGGGCGGAAAAUAUGCAAGCUGGGAUUGUCAGGAGAAGAGAGAAGGGCGGUGGGAAGAUCACCUCGGAAAGGAAGGGGAAGUCGCCGCGAAGGGGCAGGAUGACAGGGAAAAGGACAGAGUCAGUUCCAGGUUCGGCAGGAGGGGAGGCCCGAGCCUCCACUCUAGGCUCGGCUGAAGCUUUGACGCUUCACGAAGAAGAGAUUGGCAGAAACCGAUCCGAUCCUGAGGAUGUCUCUAUUUCUGAGCUUCUUCGUGAGGGGAGGCAGAAGAGGAAGGGAACAGAGAUGUCAGCAUUAGAGGCGACCCAGCACUUAGCUAAGUGCCAAGCUUCCCGAGAGUCGUUGGAGAGGGGAGAGAAGAAAAGUCUCGCGCAAUUUUCCCAGAGUUCCGGUUCUGCUCUGGGGUCAAGCGGAGAUCUGCUUAGUCUUAUAGCGAGUCAGCAGCUAAUGAUGCAGCAGACGUUGCAGAAGCAGCAGGGGGUUGCUUCAGCUGCUGCGUUUCCUGCCCGUUCCCCUGCUCCUGGCAUUUCAUACAGCUCAUCCCACCUCCAGUCCUCCACUCCGUCGUAUAGGCUUCAGUCCUUUAUUCCAGCUGCGGGUGCGGAGUCAUCAGCAGCAGCAUCAGGUACAUUGCAGGGCAUGUGUGGACUAUCCGGGGAGCAUGCGCUGCGCAGUGCUCUUGUAUCCGCUAUUGCGAGCAACACACAACCCACCUGCGCCAUCACCAUCGCACACCUCUUACUGCAGGCCUUUGCCCUCGCGAGUCGCGGCCUCCGAUCGUACGCUCCCCCUCGUCCGUUCCGCCGGAUCCCCCACUUUCCGCUCUCGCCGUUCCGCUCCGCUUCCGCUCGCCGUGCACUCACGCGCUACUUCCGUCCCGCCGAUCGCUCCUGUAUCGAGUCGUCACCGAUGGCUGCUCGCUCCAGCUCCCGCCUCCUCGCGCUCGCCGGCAGGGCGGUGUCCGCAAGGCUCGCCCCCGUUGCGCCCGCAUCCGCUGUACUUGCGGGGGAUGUCGCCCGCGGAUUCGCAACUGCCGCUCCCGCUGAAGAGGAUGUGGUGAAGGCGGCGUUUAUCAAGCAGCAGGCAUCCUUCCGGUCGUAUCUGGAAGGUCUCAAGAAGGUUUCCAUCCCCAUGGACGCUGCUGACGACAAGGCCACCAAGGCGUAUGCUGCAGCCGUGAAGAACAUCCGCGAGAGCCUGGGCAUUCCCUCCUUCUCUGAGAAGCUCUCCAACCUGCUCGAGUCAGCAGAGGAGGACUCGCGGGACGUGCGCAGCUUCCUGGAAGAAUCUCGCAUCAUCCGCAGGCAGCUGGGAGUGGAGGACAAGCUGGGCGCGGAGAAGCUCAUGUUUGCAGCACUUGACAGCGUUGAGAAGAAGCUGGGGAAGGCGCUGGUGGGGGAUGAUGUGAAGGGCAUGGCGAUGUUUCAGGAGGAGGUCAAUGCUAUUAACAAGAAGCUGGGGUUGAAGGACGGCGACUUGGAGCCGUUGGAGCAGCAGCUGGAGACGAGCAUGGCCAAGACUGACAUUGCUGCCUUUGCCAGCGAGGCAACGCAGAAGAUUGGCACGUACCAGAAGAGGGACGGCUUGGAGGACAUCCAGGUUAAUAACUACGGGCGAAUUAACUCGCCCGGCGAUGACAUCCGUGUAGCCAUGGCGAAGAACGCGAGCAAGGCGGCAAGUCCUACUGCCGCCUCCGGUGCGAGCUGUGACGGGGACGACGGAGACGAAGCGAACGGCGACGACGCCGAGGAGGAUUGGCCGGAGAACGGCCACGACGACAGCGCUUCAGGCGACGAUGUAGGUCCUGCUGACAUCGAGGAGGACGACUGGUGGAAUCGGCCGGUCGGGAGCGACGACGAGGUGGAAGAGUGGCAUGCUGGUGAUUCCGACAACGACGGAGGCGGCGACGACGACCCAUGGAGCUUUGGGACCGACGACGACGUCCCGCUACUGAAGCGGAGGCUGCGCCAUCGCCUACAGUCCAAGUCAAAGCGGGCCCGCGUGGUGCUCUCUGACGACGACGGUCCGGAGGAGGAGCGUCGCCCGAUACUCACCGCUGCGGAGAAGGGGAAAGCCAAGGUCGCGGAAGCCCCUGCUAAGGCCCCUGCUAAAGCCCCUGCUCGUCGCCGCACAAGCAACAAGAAGCUGACAUCCGGCGGAGACCCGGGAUCCAGCAAGGGUGCGGCUAAGAAGAAGGCGAAGAAGGCCCUGAAUCCUGACGACAUCGUCGUGAACGAGCCGCUGGGCAGCGACGAUGAGUACGCGGCGGCGGCGGGCCCGAUUCCCACGUUCCCUGAGAAGCGGCAGCUGCAGCAGAGGGAACAAAAGGAGGAGGAGAAGAGGGGGGGGAGGGAGGGGGGGGGGCCGACGCACGGCCUCCCCGGGCGCCAAAGCAGGCGGCAGAGGGGGCGACGCCUGCCCCCCCCUUCCAGGUCGCGGCCCCCGAAGGAGCCGCGACGGGUGACGGGAAAAGGGGGGGGGGCGGUGCACGUGCCCCCGGUGUGCCGCGGCUGGCGACAAGGCAUGGCCGAGGCGGGGUCGGGGCCGCAAGAGGGCGGGGCCGCAGGUGGCAUCGGGGCCUGGGGCGGGUACCGCACGGGCGGCGACGGGCCGGGACGGGCGGCGACGGGCCGGUACGGGCGGCGAGGGGGCCGCAGCGGACGGCGGCGCGUCGUACGGGCGGCACGUGACGCCGCGAAGAGCGGCGACGGGCUGGACAACGGGUGGAUGGACGAGACCGCUGUGCAGACCUGGCUGUCCAAGGAGGUGCUGCCCCAUCUGAACCCCCAGCGCGGCCAGAACGCAAGGCGGGCGAUGUUGGUGUUGGACUCCUACCGCGAUCACAUCACCCAGACCAUGCUUCAGUCGUACCGCACGCACAGCAUCACCCCUGCAGUCAUCCCAGCGGGUUGGAACCUGCAGAGGCCUCCGCACCCCGUGGUGCUGCAGUGGAUCGCGGACGCUUGGGAUCAAGUCCCCAAGCAGAUCAUCAUCGACGCGUUCCGCCACUGUGGGAUCUCGAGCAAGCUGGACGGAACAGAGAACCACCUGGUGAUGUCUCACCUGCGCGCCAGGAGCACCACCGAUGUCUCCGCGGACAUGUCUCUCGGGGGGACCACAGGCGACAACACGCGCCUGCUCGGUCGGGCUCUAGAGGAGGAGGAGGAGGAGGCGAUGCAGGCGGAGGGCGUGCGGGAGGUGGCCGUGGCAACCGGCCUGGAGGUGCUGUACCAGGAGACCCCCAACUACCGCGGAGCGGCGGCCAAGGCUGACCGCAUGAUCAAGCCUAGGGAGACGGCUAGGCAUGCCUGGCGAGUGCCAGACCUGGGUGUAGAGCCUGAUGUUAGUGCAGGUGAGGAGGCGGUGACUGAGGGGGGUUAG